AUGAAUGAUAUUUCUGAUGAAGUCACUGAUGAGGAAAACGAAGAAGAGAGUAGAAUUAAGCAAGGUCACUAUAUUAUGGUUAAGUUUCCUGGCAAAAAGAGACAUUACAAAUAUGUUUGUAUUGUCCAAAAAGUAACUAAAACAGAAAUUGAAGUUAUGGCAAUAGUAGCAUGUGAUGAAUCUAAAACAGUAUUCAAAGCAAAAGCAAAUUAA